AUUUAUCUGGUCAUUUGCGUGUCAGUGAUUUAUUUUGAAAGACUUCCGGUGAGCGGAAGUGUGUCCGGUCCGCCCCGUCUCCCUUCCCCCCGGAACUACUAGUGGUAGUGUCCGUGUUUGUGGGCCGGAGCAGUAAAAGGCGCCAGUGUUUAGUGAGGAAAGAAAGAGAAGAUCACAAACUGCUGGAUGAGCUUUGAAAAGCUGAAACUAAACCACAAACAGCAGCUUGGUUUCCUUUCUGCCGCCGGAAACGCGUUUCCUGAAGCUAAUGUUGCUAAGCUAGCGUUAGCCGCUAGCAGCUAGCUCCUGCUAACAGUUUCUUUCUCCUCCUGCUGGACUUUAAGAAGCUUGUUGAUAGUUCCGGCCGGGGGACAAGAGAGGAGGAUGGACCUCAGACGGAACCAACAUCUGGACAUCAAACAGGAAGUUGUUUCAGAGGAGGAGGAUGACUGCUGCACCCACACAGCUCAAAGCCCAAAUGGCCCAAAACUGAUUGAUGUGAAAGAGGAGCAGCACGAGUGGAGCUGCAGUCUGGACCAGCACCAGUACCAGGAGCAGCCAGAGCCCCCAACCAUUAAAGAGGAGCAGCAGGACUGGAGCUGCAGCCUGGACCAGGACCAGGACCAGGACCAGGACCAGGAGGACCCAGGGUCCCCACACAUUAAAGAGGAGCAGGAGGAGGUGUGGAGCAGUCAGGAGGGGGAGCAGCUUGAAGGUCUGGAGGAGGCUGAUAUCACCAAGUUCUCCUUCACUCGUGUCCCUGUGAAGAGUGAAGAUGAAGAAGAGAAACCUCAGUCCUCACAGCUUCAUCACACACAGACUGAACACAUGGAAACAGAAGCUGCUGGAGAGGACUGUGGAGGACCAGGACCAGCCAGGACCGACUGUGGAGGACCAGGACCACUCAGGACCGACUGUGGAGGACCAGGACCACUCAGGACCGACUGUGGAGGACCAGGACCACUCAGGACCGAGGGUCCAGAGGAGCAGACCGGAGACUCUUCUGAACCGGAGACCGAUGACAGCGCUGACUGGGAGGACUCCAGAGAACCUCCAUCAGGUUCAACUGUUGAGAAACCGUUCAGCUGCUCCGAAUGCGGGAAACGAUUCGGCCGAAAGACGCAUCUGAAGAUUCACAUGAGAACUCACACGGGAGAGAAACCGUUCAGCUGCUCCGUUUGUAAGAAAUCUUUUAAACAAAGUGGAAAUCUACAGAGACACAUGAGCAUUCACACGGGAGACAAACCGUUCAGUUGCUCAGUUUGCAGUAAAAGAUUCACUCACAAGGAAAACCUAGUUCGGCACAGCAGUGUUCACACAGGAGAGAAACCAUUUGGCUGUCCUGUGUGCGGUAAAAGGUUCCCUCGGAAAGAAAACUUCGUCCAACACAUGAGCAUCCACACGGGAGAGAAACCGUUCAGCUGCAGCGUCUGCAACGAGAGAUUCACUCUCCUGUUCCAGCUGAAGUAUCACCACCGCUUCGGCUGUCAGUCCAGAGAGACCGAACCAGAACCAGGACCAGACAGGAGCUCUGAUCCAGACUCGCGUCUGAUGCCUGCCACUGAUAUAAAGACUGAACCGAAGAUGAACAGGAAGGUCUCUGGGUUGUUGCAGGUUUAUCCCACAUUUACAUUCAGCUGCUCCGAUGACGAGGCCGAACUCGAACCCAAGGCCGAGGACGGCGUCUACGGGACGGGACCGAACCACGUGAAAACUGAGGACGUGUCCGUCAGCGUGACAGGAGGUCCGGGCUCCUCUGAGGACAGUCACACUCUGCUGAGUCCUCCUGCAGGAGAGAGACCGCUCAGCAACAGCCUCAACUCUCACUGCCACACCGAGGAGAAACUGUUCCACUGCUCCAUGUGCGACGCAGGCUUCAGUGACAGCGAAGCUUUAGUCCAGCACAUGAGGAUCCACACCAGACAGACUCAGUUCAGCUGCUCGGUGUGCGGGAAAGAGUUCGCGUGGAGAAGAUAUCUGGACAAACACAUGGAGGUCCACGACAACGACAAACUCUACAGCUGCAGCGUCUGUGACCAAAAGUUCAUCCAACUCUGUCAGCUCAAGAGACACAAGUGUUUCCGUCAGUUAUUACAGAUUUAUCAGAGUCAGACGGAGGACGGAGAGGCGGAGCCUCCAGCAGCUGCUGAGGAGGACCGUGGAGGACCAGACAGGACCUCUGAUCCAGAGGAGCAGACUGGAGACUCCUCAGAAUCUGAGACUGACGACAGCGCUGAACCUGAUCCUCCGUCAGCUUCAAACUCUGUGAGUGCUGCUAAGAAACCGUUCCCCUGCUCUCAGUGCGGGAAAAGGUUUGGCAAGAAAGGAAUUCUAAAGGAACAUCUGAAGACGCACACGGGGGAGAAACCGCACAGCUGCUCGGUCUGUCAGAAACGUUUCUCACAGGCGGGAAACUUACAGAAACACAUGAGGACCCACACGGGAGAGAGACCGUUCAGCUGCCCAUUCUGCAGGAAACGAUUCUCUCAGCGGGACGGUUUAGUCCAACACAUGAGCAUCCACACGGGAGAGAAACCGUUCAACUGCUCCGUCUGCAACGAGAGAUUCACUUUGCUGAUCCAGCUGAAGAAUCACCACCGCGUUGGCUGUCGGUCCAGGGAGACCGAACAAGAACCAGGACGAGAUAGGAGCUCUGAUCCAGAUCCACAUCUGAUACCCGUCGCUGAUAUAAAGACUGAACCGUCCUCUGAAGCUGAAGACGGCGUUGUCAUGGAGUUCUGGAGAGAGACCAGGAAGCAUCAGUCAGGGCUCACGUACCAGAGGAACAGGAAUGUUUCCGGGUUGUUGCAGGUUUAUCCCACAUUUACUUUCAGCUGCUCCGACGACGAGGCCGAACUCGAACCCAAGGCCGAGGACGGCGUCUACGGGACGGGACCGAACCACGUGAAAACUGAGGACGUGUCCGUCGGCGUGACAGGAGGUCUGGGCUCCUCUGAGGACAGUCACACUCUGCUGAGUCCUCCUGCAGGAAAGAGAACGCUCAGCAACAGCCUCAACUCUCACUGCCACACCGAGGAGAAACCGUUCCACUGCUCCGUGUGCGACGCAGGCUUCAGUGACAGCGAAGCUUUAGUCCAGCACAUGAGGAUCCACACCAGACAGACUCAGUUCAGCUGCUCGGUGUGCGGGAAAGAGUUCGCGUGGAGAAGAUAUCUGGACAAACACAUGGAGGUCCACGACAACGACAAACUCUACAGCUGCAGCGUCUGUGACCAAAAGUUCAUCCGACUGUAUCAACUCAAGAGACACAAGUGUUCCCGUCAGUUCUUACAGAUUUAUCAGAGUCAGACGGAGGACGGAGAGGCGGAGCCUCCAGCAGCUGCUGAGGAGGACCGUGGAGGACCAGACAGGACCUCUGAUCCAGAGGAGCAGACUGGAGACUCCUCAGAAUCUGAGACUGACGACAGCGCUGAACCUGAACCUCCGUCAGCCUCAAACCCUGUCAGUGCUGCUGAGAAACCGUUCCGCUGCUCUCAGUGUGGGAAAAGGUUUGGCAAGAAAGGAAUUCUGAAGCAACAUCUGAAGACGCACACGGGGGAGAAACCGCACAGCUGCUCGGUCUGUCAGAAACGUUUUUCACAGGCGGGAAACUUACAGAAACACAUGAGGACCCACACGGGAGAGAGACCGUUCAGCUGCCCAGUCUGCUGGAAACGAUUCUCUCAGCGGGACGGUUUAGUCCGACACACGACCAUCCACACGGAGAGGAAACCGUUCCGCUGCUCCGUCUGCAAGAAAAGAUUCUUGCGUAAAGAAAACCUGGUUCAACAUAUGAGCGUUCACACGGGAGAGAAACCGUUCAGCUGCAGAGUUUGUGACCAGAGAUUCACUCGACGUUAUCAGCUGAAAAACCACCAUCUGGUUUGUCUUCAGACCUCACAGCUUCCAGACAGGAACUCUGGUCCAGAUCCAAAUUUACACCCAGAUCCUGAAGACCAGACUGGAGACUCUUCUGGACCUGAGACCGAUUCCAGCGCUGAAGCUCAGUCAGGUUCAAACCCAAACGCAUGAAGACUUUACGAGACGAGGAACUCUGAGUGAAUGAGGACGAGAGGAAACGGUCUGAAGUCGUCGAUGUUUUCUGAAGAAAUAUAAUUGAACUUCAGAGCUUCACGUGUUCAGUUCAGAACUGAACGUCUAAUAUUUAUUUGACUUCUUAAACUUCCUGUUAGGAUGUUUUCUAUCAUUGUGGAGCCUGAAAAGAACAGAACAAUCGACACACGAGGCUGAAAAGACUUGUUGGACUUUAUAAAAAUUUUAUAGCUCAGAUGGAGAGAAACCAUCUGGUUGCUCAUGUGAUUCAUUCAGCAGCUCAGAAAUCUCAAACCAGAAGAAGAAACUGACUAUUUUUAAUCUAAUGAACGUUCAGGAACAUUAAA